UCUCAGACACUUCAGAGACGUUCACCUCUGACGCGCAGAGCUGUUCCGCUGCUGGCUAAUAACUUACUUUAUGCGAAGAGCGUCUUCAAAGUUAGUGAUUGUGGACUUAAAAUAUAUCUCAAUUUGUUUUCGCGCAGUCAAUAUUGUCAACACGAUGAAGGAAAAAAUACUUGUAACACAGCCUUGUGUUGCGAGAUGCAAACUUGUUCUUGUCGGGGAUGUUCAGUGUGGUAAAACAGCGAUGUUACAAGUCUUUGCAAAGGAUUGCUACCCAGAGACCUACGUCCCUACAGUAUUUGAAAACUACACAGCUAGCCUGCAGCUUGAAGAACAGCGCGUGGAGCUCAGCCUCUGGGACACGUCAGGCUCUCCGUACUACGACAACGUCCGGCCAUUGUGCUACAGUGACUCCGACGCAGUGCUGCUGUGUUUUGACACCAGCCGUCCGGACUCAGUGGACGGCACACUGAAGAAGUGGAAGGCAGAGAUCCUGGACUUCUGCCCCAGCACGCGGAUCCUUCUGAUCGGCUGUAAGACGGACCUGCGCAGCGACGUGUGCACGCUGACGGAGCUGUCCCACGGCAAACACAUACCCGUCUCCCACGAGCAGGGCGCCUCCCUGGCCAGACAGCUGGGAGCCGAGGCCUACCUGGAGUGCUCCGCCUUCACGUCGGAGAAGAGCGUCCACAGUGCGUUCCGCUCGGCGGCGUUGGCGUGCAUGAACAGGCUGCCGCCGGCCCCCAGGGCCAGCCCGGUGAGCCGGCUCUCCAAGAGGCUGCUGCGGCUGUCCAACAGCACGGGCCUCCUGGCCUCCGCCUUCAAGACCAAGGACAAGGCCAAGGGCUGCGCCAUCAUGUAGCGACGGCCGGGACGCUUGGGAAGGAUCAGAGAACAGGGGCAAGGGUCCAGGGGGAGACGGGCCGUUGUGGUGGGGUUGAGAAGUUUUAUGUGAAACCAAAAAAGUUUUGAAAGGUUUUUUUGGGGUUGGGGGAAGACGAUAUGCAGGUUGCUAAUGGUCGAUCAAUGUGUUGUCUCUGGUAACCGCGAUAUUUUCUUUCAAACAUUUGGAAGACUUUUUUCAUGGCUCUGAAGAGAGAGCACAGUAUGCACUUUAUGAGUGGACUUCAUGACUUCAAUGAUGAGGUUUGGGUGUUUGUUUAUCAAGGCUGAAUAAGAUGAGAGGAAUUUGUUUACUGUCUGUAAGGGAUAGGCUGCCUUGAUGUGGGAUCAGGAGUUGAAAACAGGUCUGGUUGAACACAUUUCUUAUCGGAAAUCAAAGGAGUCAGCAGAGACCGAGAGUCAGGGGUCGAGUCCAAAGGGUGUUUGUUUAAAAGUGAAUUGAGGAUGGAAAUGGACGAAUGAGUCAACUUGCUGUUUCCUGUUCUUAACUGUAUACAAUAGUUUGUUUUGCGGGCAUUUUGGAUUAUGCCAAAAAAAAAAAAAAAAACAUUUUAUAAUGUUAAUUUCAUUUUGAACCGAACAAAGAGCAACUUCUGAACUU